UUGGUACAUCUGUGAUGGCAGCGGCGAGCCCCAGAAGGGAUUACGGAGCUGCAUGGUGAACAGUCGCAGUUGGGCCGAAGAGCUGCAGGAUAUUUUUGCCGGACAGGCUGAGGAUUGCUUGGGUGUAACGAGGACCAGGCUUUCCAGCAUUUCUUAUAUGAGAGGGUCUCCUGGGUCUAGCUUCACUGCAGCGUAGAGGAGGGCAGGACGGCUGUUUUAGUGCGAUGCGCUGACAGGAUGGUGCACCAGGAGAAACGCAUUUACCAGGCACAGAGGAAUGAGAGGGAGUCCAUCAGGCAGAAACUUGCACUCGGCAGUUUCUAUGACGACGAGCCAGUCAUCUACACCAGCUGCAGCACAACCGGCCCGUCCUCCCGGCGGCAAAGUGGAGUGAACCUCCAGGUGUGUGUGGUCAAUGACAGCAGCAGCGAUAAGGACAGCGAUGCCGAGGACAGCAGGACAGAAACCAGUCUGGACACACCGCUGUCACCAGUGAGCAAGCAGAGCUCAUCGCUGUCCGACCGGGACACCGCAGAGGAGGACUCCGACCCGUUAGAUGACUGUGGGGGGUUCUGGCGAGUGCAGAGACGGCUACAGGAGGAGGCCCGGGUGGCGCUGGCUCUGGCCCGACCCAUGGCCCGAAUGCAGGUGGAGGUGGAGAGGCAAAUCCAGCUGCACAGACGCUCGCCUGUGGCAGACCUGCUUCCCCACCUGCCCCACAUCAGUGAGGGCUUGAUGAAGAGGAAUCUGAAGCGAGGAGACAUGAGAGAAAUGAGCCUCGGACAACUCCAGGUCAUCACCAACGAUUUCCACUCUCAGAUUCAGAGUCUAAAUGAGGAGCUGGUGCAGCUGCUGCUGAUGAGGGACGAGCUGCACGUGGAGCAGGACGCCAUGCUGGUGGACAUAGAAGACCUCACCAGGCACGCACACAGUCAUCACAGGCCCCAGGUGGACAAAGCCAAGUAGCGUUCCAACUUCCUCCUCGACGGAUCGUCACUGGUGUCGCCAUCACAUCUGGAUAUUUGCAUCGUAUGACACAGAUGUAAUCCCACUGCAGAGAAACCUAAAUAAAACCAUAAAAAUUCACCUAUUUGGAAAAGCAUAGGUCAGUUUUUGCUGGCUUUCACUAUCACUAAGCAUGAUUGUUAUUGUUGUAAUUCAGAGAGUCGGGGGGAAUUCUUUAAGCUUAAUUACCCCCGUCUUCAUUUAAUGCUUUGUGGUUUGUUUUUCAGUAUUACACAUGUUUUUAGUAAAGCUCCACAGGCUUGUUUCUCUGAAGCUGAGUUUAAAAUAGAAAGCAAAAUCUCUGGAAAGCAACAUAAACCCACUGAAAUGUAUGUUUUUAAUAAUAUUUUAAUUUAGCAUUUAAUUGCAAAAUAAAUAUCUGUAAUGUCGCACAAAAAAUUCUGUUAGUACGCCACAAUGUAGUCACAAAAAAGAUGAUAUAAAUAUGGUUUGAAAGUCAUAGAAUUUCAUUAAAAUAUGCAAUUUAUUUAUUUAUUUAUUUUUUUUUGGUGAAGCUUUAUUUAUAAAUGCUGAGCAUACGAACCAUGAAUCAUCAAACUAUAUAAGAUAAUUUCCUGUCUAAGAGAUUUAUGCAUAUUCUAUAUGUAAAUGUUGAAACUUACUUUAAGAAAAAAGAAUAAAAACACACCUUGAGAUGUUAUCAGUGUUAUCCUGCUCUGCUUUUUAAGAAUGUAAUUUCACACAAACAUACUCUCUCUGUUAUUUGCUUUACUAAUAAUUGUACUGAAAAUGAUUGUAAGAACAAUUCUGGCAAUAAAUGUUUCAAGUGUGAAAACAGUA